CUCCGUCUGUUCCUGUUUCGUUGUCUUUCACCGAAUAAUAUCAGAAACCCUCACAACACAAUGGCCAACACUCCUCAUGGUGGUGUCCUAAAGGACCUCUUCGCUCGCGAUCUCCCCCGUCAAUCCGAGCUUGAGGCCGAGGCUCAGAAGCUCCCUGCUCUUACACUCAGCGAGCGACACCUUUGCGAUCUUGAGCUGAUCCUCAACGGUGGUUUCUCUCCUCUCGAAGGUUUCUUGACUGAGAAGGACUACAAUGGCGUUGUUGAGAACAACCGUCUCGCCGAUGGCGCUCUCUUCUCCAUGCCCAUCAACCUCGAUGUCAACCAGGCUGAGAUCGACCAGCUCGGCCUCAAAGCUGGUGCUCGCGUCACCCUCCGCGACUUCCGUGACGACCGAAACCUCGCUAUCCUGACCGUUGAGGACAUCUACCGACCUGACAAGGUCAACGAGGCCAAGAAGGUCUUUGGCAGCGACGACGACACCCACCCCGGUGUCAAGUACCUCUUCGAUACCGCCAAGGAGUUCUACGUUGGUGGUAAGCUUGAGGCUAUCAACCGCCUAGAGCACUACGACUUCCUCGACCUUCGAUUCACCCCCUCUGAGCUCCGCGCUCACUUCAACAAGCUCGGCUGGCAAAAGGUCGUCGCUUUCCAGACCCGAAACCCCAUGCACCGUGCUCACCGUGAGUUGACGGUCCGCGCUGCCCGCUCCCAGCAGGCCAACGUCCUCAUCCAGCCCGUCGUUGGUCUUACCAAGCCCGGUGACAUCGACCACUUCACCCGUGUCCGUGUCUACAAGGCUCUCCUGCCCCGUUACCCCAACGGUAUGGCCGCCCUCGCUCUUCUGCCCCUCGCCAUGCGAAUGGGUGGUCCCCGUGAGGCUCUCUGGCACGCUAUCAUCCGCAAGAACCACGGUGCUACCCACUUCAUCGUUGGCCGUGACCACGCCGGUCCCGGUAAGAACAAGCAGGGCAAGGACCACUACGGUCCUUAUGAUGCUCAGGUUCUCGUCCAGGAGCACCAGGAGGAGCUUGGUAUCAAGAUGGUCGAGUUCCAGGCCAUGAUCUACCUGCCCGACUCUGAUGAGUACCUCCCCAUCAACGAGAUCCCUGAGGGUACCCGUACCCUCAACAUCUCCGGUACUGAGCUCCGACACCGUCUCCGAACCGGCAAGGACAUCCCCGAGUGGUUCUCCUACCCCGAGGUUGUCAAGGUUCUUCGCGAGGAGAACCCCCUCCCUGCCGAGAAGGGUUUUACUGUCUUCAUGACCGGUUACCAGAACAGCGGAAAGGACCAGAUUGCCCGUGCUCUCCAGGCCACUCUCAACCAGGGUGGUGGUCGUCCCGUCUCCAUGUUGCUCGGUGAGAACGUGCGACACGAGCUCUCUCCCGAGCUUGGCUUCACUCGCAAGGACCGCGACCUCAACAUCCAGCGCAUUGCUUUCGUCGCCUCUGAGCUGACCAAGGCCGGUGCCGCUGUCAUCGCCGCCCCUAUCGCUCCCUUUGAGGAUGCUCGCAAGGCUGCCCGUGACCUCGUUGAGAAGUCCGGUCCCUUCUUCCUUGUCCACGUUGCUACUCCCCUUGAGUACUGUGAGAAGACUGACCGCAAGGGUGUCUACGCUGCCGCUCGCAACGGCGAGAUUAAGAACUUCACCGGUGUCGAUGACCCCUACGAGGCUCCUGCCAAGCCUGACCUCGUUGUCGACCUCGAGAAGCAGAACGUCCGCUCCAUUGUGCACCAGAUUGUUCUGCUCCUCGAGAGCAACGGUCUUCUCGACCGCCUGUAAGCGAUGAUUUUUGACGACUUAUCUCGGGGAUCAGCCGAGGAAGAUACCCGCUAGCUACGCCUGCCUACUGAUUUGAGUAGGAGGUUUGUUGCUCUACAAAACUUUUGCAAAUAACAGCGCAAGGAUAAACGGAAUUGGCGUUACUUUGAAUGAGAUGGAUAAGGAAAAGAUGGGCAAAUGUGAUGAACUGCAUUGCAUUGCGUUGCUGGUAUACUUAGACGACGAAGCCGUGUCGGGAUAGAUUUGGUACCGAUACUAUGAAUGAAGAGCAUGAUCAAACU